GCGUGGACUGAGUUCAGGGAGGCAGGUCCGGUUUCCUGCCGGGGUGAACACGUGGUUCCGUGUCUCGCUGUGUGUCAGUGCGAGAGAUUUUCGGAGCCCCCCUCUCUUUACCCCAGCUAGCUCGCAUUCAUUUUCACGCUCUUUAUUCCUCUGCCUACCCACACCCCCUAUCUCUCUUCAUUCCUUGCCCCCCCCUCUCUUUCCAACACCCCGGACGAUAAGAACCGCCUCCGACGAAAAAACAGACAGGAGUUGAGUGUGCGUUGCGUUCGGGAGCCUGCCAUCCGAACCGAUUCAUCUCGUUUGCGGGUCAUGACGCUCGAAGCGAUCCGUUACCGGGCCGGGUCUCUGCAGAUCCUCAACCAGCUGCUUCUUCCGCACGAGACUGUGUUCGACGAGGUCCGCACGGUUCAGGACGGAUAUGAAGCGAUCAAGUCCAUGAAGGUGCGCGGCGCUCCCGCCAUCGCCAUCGUGGGCUGCCUGAGCCUGGCGGUGGAACUCCACGCGGGCGCCGGUGGAAACGACCCCGUGACCUUUAUCCGGGAGUCCCUGUGCCACCUGACGUCGGCGAGACCCACCGCCGUCAACAUGGGCCGAGCCGCCCGAGAACUGAUGGAGUUUGCCGAGAAUGAGAGCAUGGAGAAAACUACAGAGCAACUGAGGGAGAGUGUGAUUGGCUGGAUCGAGGAGAUGCUGGAGCGCGACGUCAACGACAACAAGAAGAUCGGCAACUACGGAGCGCAACACAUCCUGUCUGGCGUCCCGCGAGACUCGGUCACCAUCCUCACGCACUGCAACACAGGCUCGCUGGCCACCGCCGGAUACGGGACCGCCCUGGGUGUGGUACGUUCCCUCCACGCUCUGGGACGUCUGAGGCGUGUUUAUUGCACGGAGACCAGGCCGUACAACCAGGGCGCCAGGCUGACGGCGUACGAGGCUGUCGCCGAGGGAUUCCCCGCCACCCUCAUCACAGACAGCAUGGCGGCUCUCACCAUGAGGGAGAGGGGCAUCACAGCUGUGGUCGUUGGCGCGGACCGGGUAGUCGCCAACGGUGACACGGCCAACAAGAUCGGCACGUACCAGCUGGCCAUAGCCGCGAAGCACCAUGGCAUCCCGUUCUACGUGGCGGCGCCCAGCACAUCGUGCGACCUGAGUCUGGAGAGUGGCCGCGACAUUGUCAUCGAGGAGCGCCCCGCCGAGGAGCUCACCAGCAUCAACGGAGUGCCCAUCGCUGCCCCAGGUAUAGACGUGUGGAACCGGCGUUUGAUGUGACCCCCCAUCAGCUGAUCACAGGGGCAUCAUCACGGAGUUGGGGGUGUUUCUGCCCUCAGAGCUGCAGGCAGCACUCACCGGUCGCCUCACCGCGCUGUAGGGGGACAGCGCCCACUGCUGGCCACCAAGCGCUACUGCAUCUUCAUUUUCUGGGCCAGUUUACUCGAAUGGGACUUAAACGUCCAAUAUUGUCACACGCGCACACAGAUGUGGAAGUCAAAUUUUGUUUUUUUUUUACCAACACUCAGUGUUACACAGACACAGAAAUCACAUGUUUUGCAGUUAUGCG